GCGUGACACGACUUCGACCCCUCUACCGGUUUCCUGCGCGCGCUGCCACGUUAGUACCGAAGGAGUUCUAAUAACCCCAGCAGCAGCAGCAGCAGCAGCAAUCAAGCUCAGCGGCUGCACUUUUCAGGGGACAUUAGAGAGAGAGAGAGAGAGAGAGAGGUUGAAACUCUUAGACGUAGCAAAAGGAGCUCAUAAUGAAGUCGGUGGUCCUGUGCGCGCUCGCGCUGGCGGUCGUGGCCGCGGCUCACAUCAGCGAGGAGGAGGACGUGCUCGUGCUCAACAAGAGUAACUUCGACGAGGCGCUGGAAGCUCACCCCAACAUCCUGGUCGAGUUCUAUGCCCCAUGGUGCGGUCACUGCAAAGCUCUCGCUCCCGAAUACGCCAAAGCGGCAGGAAUUCUGAAAGGCGAGGGUUCGGACAUCCGACUGGGCAAAGUGGACGCCACGGAGGAGACGGAGCUGGCGCAGGAGUUCGGGGUGCGCGGUUACCCCACCAUCAAAUUCUUCAAGGGUGGAGACAAGGCCACGCCCAAAGAGUACUCGGCUGGACGUCAGGCUGAUGACAUCGUCAACUGGUUGAAGAAGAAGACCGGCCCGGCCGCCGCCCCGCUCAGCGAGGUCACACAAGCAGAGUCCCUCAUCGCCGACAACGAGGUCGCAGUCAUCGGCUUCUUCAAGGAUGUGGAGUCUGACAGUGCCAAGACCUUCAUCAAAGCAGCAGAGGCCAUCGAUGACAUUCCCUUCGGCAUCACCUCUGAUGAUUCCGUCUUCUCCAAGUUCGAGGUCACUAAGGAUGGCGUGGUGCUCUUUAAGAAGUUCGACGAGGGCCGUAACACCUUCGAUGGUGAGCUCACCAAAGAGAACCUUCUGACCUUCAUCAAGGCCAAUCAGCUCCCACUGGUCAUCGAGUUCACCGAGCAGACUGCCCCCAAAAUCUUUGGAGGAGACAUCAAGUCCCACAUUCUGCUGUUCGUGCCCAAGGCCAGCAAAGACUUCCAGGAGAAGCUGGACCACUUUAAGAAAGCAGCUGAGGGCUUCAAGGGAAAGAUCCUCUUCAUCUUCAUCGACAGCGAGGUGGAGGAUAACCAGCGCAUCCUAGAGUUCUUCGGCCUGAAGAAGGAAGAGUGCCCCGCCCUGCGCCUCAUCACCCUGGAGGACGAGAUGACCAAAUACAAACCCGAGUCUUCAGAGAUCACAGCCGAGAACAUUGUCACCUUCUGCACAUCGUUCACAGAGGGCAAGCUGAAGCCUCACCUUAUGAGCCAGGACAUUCCUGACGACUGGGACAAGAACCCAGUCAAGGUCCUGGUGGGCAAGAACUUCGAGGAGGUCGUCUUCGACGCCACCAAGAACGUCUUUAUCGAAUUCUAUGCUCCCUGGUGCGGUCACUGCAAACAGCUGGCUCCAAUCUGGGAUCAGCUGGGAGAGAAGUACAAGGACCACGCAGACAUUGUGGUGGCCAAGAUGGACGCCACAGCCAACGAGAUCGAGGCUGUUAAAGUCCACAGCUUCCCCACGCUCAAGUUCUUCCCAGCAGGAGAUGAUCGCAAGAUCAUCGACUACAGUGGAGAGAGAACGUUGGAGGGCUUUUCAAAGUUCCUGGAGAGCGGAGGAAAGGACGGUGGAGCACCAGCAGGAGACGAUGACGAUGAUGAGGAGGUGGAUGAUUUGGACCUUGAGGACAGCGAGGAUGGAAAUGACCACGACGAGUUAUAAGGACAGGAGAGCGAGGGAGCGCGCGAGAGAGAGGAGAGACGAACCCCUUCACCAACCACCACUUCCACUACUCCAAGCCCUCCCUGUCCCAAGAACCUGCAAACUUCUCCCAAACAAC